UUCAGGAUGUCAAGGAUAUGGGAUGUAAAAGCUUGCCGGAGUUGCCUGACGGUGAAGGGCAAACUGGAGAAGAUUGGCGACGCCUCAAAGAGGCAAUACACAGCCAUCACGGGUCUCCAGAUUGGAGAAGGUGAUGGCUACCCAGCGUACUUCUGUGUUGAGUGCCGGCACCACAUCAGGAAAAGUUUGGCCUUUAGGAGGAAGAGCCGCCGUGCGCACUUUGUCCUCAAGGAGAUACUGAAUGUUAGAAAACAGGUGUCCUACAGUGACAUAGUCACAGUUAACCGAAAGAAAACCAACUUGGAAUCAUCUCUGAAUUUCUGGGAGCCACACCACAACCCUUGUUACCUUAUAGCCAAUGAGGAAGGCCAAGAAGAUGACUCCUUGCAGAAAUAUAACUUGGAUCCUGCUCAAUAUACAAGAUGUCACAGUAAACAUAUUAUUGACAUCAAACCUGAAAUAGACACUGAAAUACCAGAAGAAACUAAUGAACCAGAAGAUGAUGCAACCAACAACGAUGUUGAAAAUAUACCAGCCAACGAUUACCUAGAGCCGGACCUCGACACAGCUAACAUUGACAUGAAUGACAUUUUCAAAGAUCUUAAAACGGAACCGGACGACCAGAGCGAUGACGAUAACAAUGACAACUUCGAAGAACCACCAAUACCGGAACCAAAAAAGGAAGUUGACCAUUUAAAACUUGCCAAAGCUUUUGCAGAUCGCACUGUAGCGAAAGCGAUGCUGAUAUUUGAUUUGAAAGCUUUGAAUUUAGAAGAACAGAAACAGAAAAUGGAAUUAAGGAAGAACCUUCAUCCAUUUUGCCGGGCCGCGUAUAAGUGUGCUAUGUGCAUGACCAUCCAUAAGACAAUGAACGAAUUGGUUAAACAUGUGGAGUACCAUAACAAAAGGAAAUUCCAGCAUGAAUGUAAGGUGUGCAAAAACAAGUUCCCCACAAUGGAGGAGCUCAAUAUACACGUGGCCAAUUGUCAUAUGUACGAAUACACUUGUAAAAUCUGUCGAACCAAGGUCUACACUCAAAAAGACGCAGUAAUCCACCAUAAAUCCAAGCACGCCGCAGAGAGCCAACAGUUGGUGAAGUCGAUGGAACGUAAGAAGGCGCUGCGGCAGGCGCUCGCCAACUUCACUAUAACGGCGCUGUCACAGCAGAUGAUGACCGACGUGAUGCUGCUGCGGUCGAGACCCGAGCACACCCGGGGGAAACUGGAGGUAUGA